AGGCACCAAUGUGUACUGGGCCAUUAACAGACGGCGGACCAGAUUCGAAGCGGCUCUGAACAGCAGCCAAACAAUAGUCCCCUUUUUUUCGCUUCCAGCGCGCGCUCCUGGGUGGGCGGUUGCGGGAGCGGCGAGUGGAUCCAGCAGGUGGGAGUCGCUCUCUCUCCAAGCGCUCUGGCCCCAGACAGGACAAUCUUUGCAAGGCACAGAGCAGGAUGACCCACGACAUGGAUUGCGCCAUUGUAGAAGAGCUCUUCAGCGAUCUACUGCUGUCUCCGCCAUGGACGCCCGGCUCGGACUGCUGCAUGGGCCAGGUCGGGGACGACGGCCGCCCGCUUUAUGGAAAGACGAUCUACUGCGACAGCGACGGCAGGGUCAAGGCAAUCAAUCUUGGCCAGGGCAGCCAUACGCCGUUCCAAAGCGACCAGUCGGCGAACCAGAUCAUCGUCGGGCCGAUCCCCCCAUCGUUGUGGCAACUCAAUCUAACGGCGCUAUACCUUGAUCAAAACCAAUUCAGCGGCGAUAUCUCGCCUUUGUCCAACAUGACGAAUCUAGUGGAGGUGGAUUUGUCGAACAAUGCCUUCGCAACGACCUUCCCCGACCUAUCGGGCCUGACCCGGCUGGAGUCGCUCUGGAUGAACCACAACACGAUGGCUGGCAGCGUCCCUCCUUCGUUCCUGGCGCCGAAUCUCAUUGAAAUCGACCUGAGCUACAAUUUGUUCUGUGGGCCGCUUCCGCAGUUCCGGAACGAAGACACACUCGAGUACUGCGACUUUCGAUACAGCGGACUUUGUUUGACGUCGCCGUAUAUCAUGAUGGGCUGCAUUCAACCACUGAUUCUCUGCCUCGGGAACACAUCGUGUGCCUCACCCGGGCCAACCGGGACUGGAGGGCACAGCAGCUGUCCAGUCAUCGCUCCCGCCGUCGUCGUCGCCAAUCCACACAAUCCUUCCCAGGCCCACAGAGAACCCCAUCCGGGACAUGGGCGCUUGGAUCGGAGGCAUGAGCCUGCUCUCGCUAUUCGUGGUGUGCACGACGAUUUACGUGCUGUUCCAGUGCAGCAAGUCCCGCAAUUUCCCAAGACCACGGUCGCUGGCCAGCAUCCCGCCUCAAGAUAUUGCGAGGCUCCCCACCGACAGUCUUCCAUAUGCAGCAUAUGUCGAGCCUUCGUUCGUCAUUGAAACCUAUCCAAGUAGCGACGGGGAGCAUCCCAGCGCAAGUUGCCAGACCAGUAUCAUCUCCCAUAUCGAGCCAGCGCAACACAGUAGUGGUGCGGAGUCUCACGGAUGACGACCAGUCUCGUGCUCGCCGAAUAAAAUCUGCUG